AGGCGACCUCCUAAAUCAAAGUUGGGAAGCUAGGACUGGGCGGAGGGGCCGCCGGGUGCAGGGCUGGGGCCGGCGCGGGGAGGGGGAGGGAGAUGGGGGGCGGGCGCAGAGGACGGCGGAGCCGGCCGGACUCGGACAGCUCCAUCGCUCCCUGGCUCUGCACAUCCGCGCAUCCCUACUUCCCUCCUCCUCCCGCGGAGCGCAGCAUCCUCUGCAGACCCUUGGUCCUCACACCCCGGGUCGUCCCGCUCCCGCGGCUCGGGGUAAUUGCCUCCCUCUCCCCUGCCACACCGACAACUUUCUCCCCUGGUGCCUGGGGUUAAGGGGCUUGCUUUGCCUGGGAGGGUUUCUCCCGGGGUCACUGGAGAGCAGCCCCUGGAGAAAGGCUUGAGAGUCCCAAAGAGACGCCCGCCACUCACAGCCUGCCCCCGGCUGGCCUGCCGUCGGGUCUCCGCACCCUCUCUUCCCAACCAUGACCGAAAUGAGCGAGAAGGAGAAUGAACCGGAUGACGCGGCCACCCAUACCCCCCCAGGGACCGUCUCCACCCUCCAAGAAACCAAGCUCCAGCGAUUUAAGCGCUCCCUAUCCCUCAAAACCAUCCUUCGAAGUAAGAGUGUGGAGAACUUCUUCCUUCGCUCAGGCUCUGAGCUGAAGUGCCCCACCGAGGUGCUGCUGACACCGCCAACCCCACUGCCUCCUCCUUCUCCACCACCUGCAUCCGCAGACAGAGGUCUACCCACCCCAACACCCUCCCCGUGCCCAGUCCCUCGACCCUUGGCACCACUCAAACCAGUGAGGCUGCACAGCUUCCAGGAACAUGUUUUCAAGAGAGCCACCCCUUGUGAGCUGUGCCACCAGCUCAUCGUGGGAAACUCCAAGCAGGGCUUGCGAUGUAAGACAUGCAAAGUCAGCGUUCACCUCUGGUGCUCUGAGGAGAUCUCCCACCAGCAAUGCCCGGGCAAGACAUCCGCAUCUUUCCGACGUAACUUCAGCUCCCCACUCCUGGUGCAUGAGCCGCCACCAGCCUGUGCCAUGAGCAAAGAGUCCCCACCUACCGGAACUAGUGGGAAGGUGGACCCGGUCUACGAGACUCUGCGCUAUGGCACCUCCCUGGCACUGAUGAACCGGUCUAGCUUCAGUAGCACGUCUGAGUCCCCCACACGGAGCCUGAGUGAGCGUGAUGAGCUAACAGAAGAUGGGGAAGGCAGCAUUCGCAGCUCCGAAGAGGGGCCUGGUGACAGUGUAUUCAUAGCUCCAACAGAGAGUGAAGGCUCAGGACCAGAGGAGAAGAGCCCUGGACAGCAGCCCCCAAAGCUGCCCCUGCGGAAGGAAGUGGGGCCCAUGUACUCCUAUGUCGCUCUCUACAAGUUCUUGCCCCAGGAGAACAACGACCUGGCUCUGCAGCCUGGAGAUCGGAUCAUGCUGGUGGAUGACUCUAACGAAGACUGGUGGAAGGGCAAGAUUGGCGACCGGGUUGGCUUCUUCCCAGCCAAUUUUGUGCAGCGGGUGAGGCCAGGAGAGAAUGUUUGGCGAUGCUGUCAGCCUUUCUCUGGGAACAAGGAGCAGGGUUACAUGAGCCUCAAGGAGAACCAGAUCUGUGUAGGCGUGAGCAGAAGCAAGGAUACUGAUGGCUUCAUCCGAGUCAGCAGCGGCAAGAAGCGGGGUUUGGUGCCAGCCGACUCCUUGGCAGAGAUCUGACAGAAACCAAGAGAACCCAGAUGCUACCCCUGCCCAUGCCUGGCUCUUGCUUCUGGCCUGAGAAGGAAGCGAGCAUCCUGGCCACACUCUUCCUCUCCCUGUCUCUCUCCUAAGCGUCACCCUCCCAACCCCCACUUAGGAGCCUUCUGCACUGAGGAAGGUUUAAUUUCUUGGGUGGGGUAUCCUGAAUGGGGUGAUCUUCUGGGAUCUGGGGAAGGGAUUCAAAGGUGGGAAGAAAUGAGGAAGCUACAGGUAGGUCCACCCAGAGCCCAAGUACCACCUAGUCGGGUUGCCAUAGUGAGACCCACCCUAGGGAGUUGGCCUGCUGUCUUCCAGAGACUACCUGCCCAUACUGCCUUUGCAUGCCUGGCUCUUCUCUGCCCACAGCCUUUGCUUGGGUCUGUUAUCCACCCCUUUUGCAAGUGGGGCCUUGAGAGAGGACCUGUCGGUGUUCCUCAGCCCUCCCCUCUGGCUUGAGAAGACGCUGAGGACUAUGGGAGAGCCCUAAGUUAACCACCGGUCACUCCUUCAAUUCUCAGGAAAGUUCAGGAAUCUUUCCAAUUACUUGAAACCUGGGCGACAGAGCAGGGUCAGGGCUGAGGGCUGGAAGGGAUGGAACACUAGGAGUCGGUUCCAUUGAGGACAAUCCCCACAGAACAGUCUCAUUCUCCUUUGUCUACUAGAAAUGGGUGUCCAAGAGCAGCCUGGACAAAGACCCAGCUGAGAACAAGACACUGGUCCCUGCUUGGUCAAAACAUUUCAUUGUUAGGACCCCAGAAAUCCCUAUCACUAGAAGCAGACAGCUAGGGGAGUCAGAGUGUGAGGUCUGGUUUCUCUAAAAGCCCUGUCGUCAGAUGGACCAAACUUACCUUCUCAUUGGGCUCUACAGGGUCCACCCCUUGGAGGAAUUCCUUGGGAGACUGAGGAAAGGUAUGGGAAGUUCUUUUUGGCCACCAUCAAAUGACAGUCUAGGAACCCUUAGCCCUCCCGGCAGGACGAAGGACCUCUUCCUCAAAGGCUGCUUUUUUUUUUUUUUUCCUGGUGCCAGCCCCCCUUCUUCCAAGCUCAGACCCUCCUUUUAUGCCCUGAUCCUGUCAGCCAUUGCCACUCCCAGUGCUGGGCACAGUCAUGCCUUCCAUACAGUGAGAGGACAUCGAUUCUCUACCCAACACACCUUGCCCCACUUUUUCCCCUAAAAGGGGACUAAAGCCACACUGCCCUGUUUGCUGCCAUGAGGCCCCCCCAAAGCAAAAUCCCCGGGGCGGGCCCAAUGCCCACUGUACAUGAGGCUGCAUGACGGGUCUGUGGGGGCAUUGCUGAGCCCCCAGACCCAUAAUUAAAUGUUUCUUGUCUCAGCUCA